AUGGUGAUUGCAGUUCAAGCGGCAAAGUUCUGGGGUGCAUACAGCCCGUUUCAGAGACAGCCUCCUACUCCUCUUGCAGCUCCUGCUCCACCGCAGAGAGUCCGGCGGGGUGUAUCUGCAUCUUUGCAGGCUUGUGCAGUAGGCAGGGGGUCGGCCGCAACGCCGCAGAGAAAGUCAUUCAAUGAAGGGGGAGGCCGGGACACCAGUAGCAACAGCAGCAGCAGCAGCGCGUCUCAAGCCCUUAUUUCAAGGGAAAUACCCUCAGCUGAACGAAACGAAAGAGGCCGUAUAGACGCCAAGAUGUCUGUACACCACCGCGUGGCUGUUGCGGAGUCCCAGGGCUUCUUACGAGCUAAAGUCGCUGCAAAAGAACAACUUUGCUCUCAGGUCAUUGGUGAAAAUCAAACACUUAUUCGACAGCUGGAGGAGAUAAAGGCGCAACACAGGCAAACGGUUGAGAGGCUGAAGGCCGAGGCUUCAGCGGUGGUGCAGCAGCUGCUAGUAGACACCGCUGUGUACAGAGACAGCAACGACAACCUACUAAGGAAGCUGCAGCUACAGGAGAGACAAUCAGCAAAUGAUGCAUUGCGCGCUCGCCAGGCAGAGAGACGUAGCCAAGAGGCUGAGGAUAAGUUGCUCGUCUUGAAGAGGUUUGUUUCAGGGCUACAAGAGAAACAAAAACAAUUAGAAGAAGAAGCAAAUGCCUUUGCUGCUGCAUUCCGCUCCUUAAAGGGGUCUCUAGGCCGGUUUGCUGCGGGUCUCGCUGCAUGCAAUUUGGAGUUAAAUGAAAUUGAGGCGGCGUUGCUGGCGAAAGGAUUUGUAAAAGAAGUCAGCGCAAAGGGCAUUUUGCAGCGAGUAGAAAAGGAGCUGCGAGCGGUGCAGAAGGACCUCGAAGAGGUAAAGAGGGAGAAUUCAAGAAAAGCUGAUGUCUUGCUGAAAUUGCGACUGAGAGAUCACCGCCUCAAACAGCAAGAUGCCGAAUUUGCUGCAGCGAAGAAGAAGACGCAGGAGUUGCAGUCUCAAGUGGAAGGUCUGCGCAAGGAGAGAGAUGCCUUAGCUGCUUGGAAGAGCUCUCACCCCAUAUACAAAGGAUACAGAGUGCCGUCUGCUGCUCCUAGAGAGCCCUCCUCGCAGCCCCGUACUCAUUCACUGCAUAGGGUUGCUUCUGUUGUCUCUCUUGCUUCGAGAACCAGCAGAGCAGCAGCAGAACAUGACGGUGCCGCAGCAACAGCAGCAGCAGCAAGAAGCCCUGCAUCAGCAGCAAGAAGAGACGCAGCAGCAGCAGCAGCAGCAGCAAGAGAUGCUGCAGGCAUGCUUAAGCUGCACACAACAAGGAAACCGUCUCCUGGGGAGGGUUUCUUAUCUCGAUCUGCUUCAGGUGUCUCCAUAGCCAGCAGCAGAAGAGUCCCGUCUGUAGCCUCAGCGAGAUUGUCUUCUCCUGCUGUUGCUGCUCCUGCUCCUGGUGCUUCUGCUGCUUUGAGGCUUAUGAAGGUGCAUAGUCCCAGCGCUCCCGAGCUGCAGCGGCAGUCUGCAGCGGGUGCAUCAGCAGCAGAUCAAGCAGCAGCAGCAGCACCAACUGUGAAGUCGCUAAGCUCUCCAGCGCUUCCUGCAGCAGCACUCAGCAGCCCUACCACACCUCUCAGCCGCGAGGCCUCUAGGCACUUCCUUGAAGCUGAAGGAAUGAAGCUGCUGAGGCGCAGCAGCAGCGGCAGCAAGUCCGCUGCUGCUGCUUCUGAUGCUGCUGCUGCUGCUCCAGGCGCCGCAAGAGGAAGGACAGGCUCUAGACAAGGAGAAGAAAAAGGAGACAGGAGACAGCUAAAUAAAAGCAGCAGCUUCACUCAGCAAUUAACACUGACCCUACCGCGAAGCCCUCGCUCUGUAGUGACACCAGCGUUUGCUGCUGCCCCUGCAGCAGGAGCAGCAGCAGCAGAGGAUGCAAGAGAUAGCCGCGAAGCAGCACAAGCAGCAGCAGCAGCAGCAAGUGGGAUAGGAGGAGAAGCAGAAAAGAGCAGAGAGGGUGUGGAGCGUCUUACUUCUUUCUUCAGCAGCGCAUUCACCAAAGCAGCAGAAAAAGAAAAAGAGCUGACGAACUUGCAACAGCAGCAGCAGCAGCAGCAGCGGCUGCUGAUACCGGGGCGCAGCCCUAGGGUACAGUCUGUUGCCUCCUCCCAGCGAAGAACGGCAAGGCGAGAGGAGAAAGGAGACCCUAUUAAACGAGAGACGUCUGCUGCAUCAAUUCAAUCUGCUGCUCACGGAUUCCGCAGGAUUCAUGUGGAGUUGCAAGACAAGAAUGAAGCUGCUGCAGCAGCAGCUGCUGCUGCUGCAGCAGAGGACGGAAGCGAUGACGGCGAGCCGCUGAGCCCCAAGAGCCGCAUUGGGAGAGCGCAGGCAAUUGCCUUUAUGGAGGGUAGCAGCAGCAGAGCCCGCAGCAGCAGCAAAAGACCUACAGGAGACGCUCGAAGAGAUGCUGCAGCAGCAGAUGCAGCCAGAGGAAUCUCAAGAGUUAAUUCUUCUGCCUCUGUGGCUUCCGUCAGAACCCUGCGAUCUCCAAGGCCUAUUGCUGCUGAUGCUGCUGCUGCUGCUGAUGCUGCUGCUUCUACUGCUGCACAUGCUGUUGAUGCUGCAGCAGCAGCAGCAAAAGCCGCUGAAGACUCCGCUGCUGCACACGGAAGCAAACAAAAGGCCCCCCCACCCCCUGCAGCGCUGGUAGCUCCAGCAGCAGCAACAGCAGCAGCAGGCCCUGCAGCAGCAGCAGCACCAGCAGCUGCUGUAACAGAGACAGAGGCCCCUUCGCUGCAGCAGCAGCAGCAAACGUCUCGACGAGUUGAGCGGCGCCAUCUCGACGUGCUGGGCUCUCGAGUGCCAGGACAGCAGCAGCAGCAGCAGCAGCAAGCAUCGAAAAGAGAACCUGCUGCAGCAACUCUUCCUCUAUCCCCGCGUAGUGUCUCCUCUGCCUUGCAUGGUGCAGACGCCUGGGCUAAGAAAGAAGACACCCCAACGGCGAGACGCAUAAUGAAACCAGCAGAGAAGGAGACAGAUGCAGCUGCAGCAGCACCUCCAGCAGCUGCUGCAGCACCUCCAGUAGCAGGAGCACCACUCAGCAGCGACAUGGAGGCCUUACUGCAAAAAUACCUGGGGACACCGACGCAGCAGCCAGGAGACAGCAAGGAGACAGCAGCAGUAGCAUCAGCAGCAUCAGCAGAAGCAGCACCAGCACAACCAGCAGCAGCAACGCACAAGGCAGCAAACAAACAACCAGGGCCCCCGCCCUCCGCGCGACUGAGAACAGCUGAAACAGCAGCAGUAGCCUCAAAAGCAGCAGCAGCAGCAGCAGCAGCGGGGCAGAGGAGCGCGGCGCUGCUGCAAGGAGACAGGGCGCAGAACAGCAAUAAGCAAGAAGGAGACACCUCAGGAGACACCGCAAACAUAAUGCAGCAAAGAAGAGACGCGGAGGCAGCUCCCUCCGGCGCCACGGCAGCGCAGCAAGGCGGGCCAGCAGCAGCAGUAGCAGCAGCACCAGCACCAGCAGCAGCAGCAAGCGAAGAGACAACAAGGCUUCCGAUAAACACAUCCAGAGAAGCAGCCCAACAACAACUGCAGCAGCAGCAGCAGCAGCCGAUGGUUCGCUUAGGAACAAGGGCAGGAAGGCCUUCUCAGAUUAUCACUGGGGUAUUGAAGGCCCCCCCUAAACACUCUCCAGGUGUCUCUCCACAUCAUCUGCUGCUGCAGCCUCAGUCUGCGUCUCCUACAGAACAUCCAGCUGCUGCUGCUGCUGCGGAUUCUGCUGCUGCUGACCCUGCUGCUGCUGGUGCUGCUGCAACGAGCGGUGGUAGGAGUUUGCAUGAGGCUCAGGCCUCACCGAAAAGAGACACAGCUGAAUCUCAAAGCAGCAGCAGCAGCAGCAACAGCAGCAGCAGCAGCAGCAGCAGCAACAGACCCAAGGAAGCGGCGCCUCGAGCUGAGAGAGAGGCAGCAGCUAUCCCAAGCUCACUUGCUGCUGCUGAUGCUGGUGCUGCUGAUGCUGCUGCUGGUGCUGCUGAGAAGCUUGAAAAAGCAGAGAGCUUAAAGGAGGGCUCAGCAGCAGCACCAGCAGCAGCAGCAGCAGCAGCUCCUCAGCGGAAGCGGCUGUCUGCUGGAGAAGGCGCAGCAGAAAGCUGGGCGAUGGCCCCACCUAAAUUAAAUAUCAGCGCUUUAAGGAGAUCUCCUUAUUGA